AUGGCCAACGUCAAUCAGCUCACCGGCCCUGCUGAGCACAGCGUGAAGCGCGAUGACACCUUCGUUGAGGACAUAGACAUCGACAAAAAUGAUAUCUCAGGCAGUGGAUAUGUUAUGUCCACCUACCAUUCAUACACUCCAGAGUACAGUAGCGAAGUGGAAAAAAAACUCCUCCGCCGGAUUGAUCUUCGUAUCAUGCCACUCGUCGUUAUCAUCUAUAUUUUCAGCUACCUCGAUCGGAAUAGCAUAACUCAAGCUCGUUUGUAUGGUUUGCAAGAAGAUACCAACGUUACCGGUGCAGUAUACAACACUGCUAUUGCCAUCUUCUCUGCUGGAUAUGUCAUUAUGCAAUUGCCCUCCACAGUCAUAAUGACCAAAGUGCGUCCUUCUAUCUACCUGCCAUGUUGUAUGAUUGCAUGGGCCAUUGUCAGCGGCUCAACAGCUGCAGCAUCAAGUCCUGCAGGCCUCCUUGUUGCCCGAUUCAUGCUCGGGCUAAUCGAAGCUCCCUUCUAUCCUGGUGCAGUCUACUUCCUCUCCUGCUGGUAUACAAAGAAGGAACUUGGUAUACGGAUGGCAUUCCUCAUCUCGGGCCUCCUUCUCUCCAAUGCCUUCGCUGGUCUUAUCUCAUCUGGCGUCCUCUCCGGUAUGGCCGGCGUCGGAAAUCUGGCUGCUUGGCGCUGGCUCUUUAUUCUUGAAGGGCUAGCAACUAUCGCAAUCGCCCUAGUGGCUCUUGUCUUUCUCCCGGACUAUCCUGCUACAACUAAAUGGCUUAGCGAAGAAGAAACCAUCGUCGCCCAAGGCCGCUUAGCCAAGGACGCGGGUAGCGACGAUGUCUUGGACGAGGAGAAAGUCCCUAUGCUCCAGGGCAUCAAAUGGGCACUGCAAGAUCCGCGUACCUGGAUGUUUGCCUGCUUGCAGAUGUGUGCUUCGGCUGCCAUCUCAUACUCUCACUUCUUCCCGACUCUAAUCUCCCAACUAGGAUUUACCAACAACACUACCACAUUAUUGCUGACCUCUCCCCCAUAUCUCUUCGCCUUCCUUUGGUCACUAGGCCUUGCCCUCAAUGCAGACAAGAUGCAAACUCGGUCGCCGCACGCGGCCAUCUCAAUGCUCGUCGGCAUGGUUGGCACCAUCCUAUUGAUUGCCGUACCCAUCCACUAUAAAUACCCCCGUUACGCCUUCACCUUCCUCGUGGCCUCGGGGUCCUUCGGUGUUUACUCCUCCACAUAUACCUGGCUCUCCUCUACGAUCGUCCGUCCACCCGUCAAGCGCGCCGCCGCCAUCGGUAUCGCCAACACUAUUUCUAACACAGCAGCGCUGUUUGGCGGCUACUUCUGGCUUGACAUUUACUCCCCAGCCUUCCGCGAGUCGUGGGGCUGCGAGUUGGCCUUCAUGGUUUUGGGGCUGGCGUGUAUCCUGACGCUGAGGCUGGUGCUGCAGAGGGCCAAUAAGGCGUUCGAUAAGUUGGCGGCCGAGAUUGACCCCAAUGAUAGUGUUGCUAUGGCGGCUCUGGAUGAUGAUUCACGGCGUGCAGUACAAAAUGGGUUUAGAUAUAUUAUUUGA